AUGCAACAGAUAUUGGGGCCUCUGUGGACCCGUUUUCUUUUUUUUUUUUUCAACCCUACCAUUGGGUUCCUCCCCCUUUUCGCCUCUCUGAUACGCCCACUUCAUUCCUCGUUUGAUGUACUGGACCACCUUCCCCACGAUCAACUGCCUCCGCUUGCAGGACACCAUCGCUCUGAAAUAUCUCAUCUUCGCCACCUUUUGUUCCGUUUAAGGGCAGUAUCGGGUCAACCGCUGUUGAAAUAUAGGUACUGGUGCUUUGCGUGGUUGGUGGGGAGGGAGGGGGUUUCUAUCGAUAACAUUUGGCAGGCAGAAAACUGGUUUGCAUUCCUCCUUGCGAGUGAACUAAAGGCAAGCGGCUGGUACAGCCUAGAGAAUCAUGAUAGGGUAGUUUCUAUACAUCCACAACCGCUGUCCCCUAGAGGAUCUCCUCUUCUCCCUCUAGAGUUGAGGUAUCCAUGUCCCUGA